CUUCUCCCGCCCUGGGGCUCCCGUGGAAAUCUCACCCCCAUCGGAGGGCUCAGGCCAGGGCUUCCUCUAGGCCGCAUUUGCUGGGCGAAUGCAUUCGUGUUUCAGACGGAGUCUUGCUCUGGCGGCCAGGCUGGAGAGCAGUGGUGCCGUCCCGGCUCACCGCAGCCUCCGCCUCCUGGGCUCAAGCGAUCCUCCGGCCGCAGCCUCCCGAGUGGGCCUUCCUCCGUGGGAAAGCGUUAAAACGACAGCUAACGGUUGCGUCGGUAUACAGACGCACACAACUCAAGAGAGAUUCCUUCUUAUUUUGUGUUUUUUCUUCCGAUUUUAACCAAAAACGACGUUGGACAUUUCCACGGGCCCCGAGGGCCCUCCUGGACCCGGGAGCGGACCCUGGUGGCGGUGAAACCAGAUGGAGUGCAGCGGCGGCUGGUGGGGGAUGUCAUCCAACGCUUUGAGAGGCGAGGCUUCACGCUGGUGGGGAUGAAGAUGCUGCAGGCACCAGAGAGCGUCCUUGCUGAGCACUACCAGGACCUGCAGCGGAAGCCCUUCUACCCUGCCCUCAUCCGCUACAUGAGCUCUGGGCCCAUGGUGGCCAUGGUCUGGGAAGGGUACAAUGUCGUCCGCGCCUCAAGGGCCAUGAUUGGACACACCGACUCGGCUGAGGCUGCCCCAGGAACCAUAAGGGGUGACUUCAGCAUCCACAUCAGCAGGAACGUCAUCCACGCCAGCGACUCCGUGGAGGGGGCCCAGCGAGAGAUCCAGCUGUGGUUCCAGAGCAGUGAGCUGGUGAGCUGGGCAGACACAGCCCCGCACGGCAGCACCCACCCUGCCUGAGGCUCAGGCUGCCUUUACCACCCCAUCCUCCAUGCAGGACCCACUACCUCGGUCAGCAAGAACCCAAGCCCACAUCCCUACCCGCCUGCCCAAACCACUUCCCUGUUCACCUCUGCCCCACCCCAGCCCAGAGGAGUCUGAGCCACCAACUUCAGUGCCUUUCUGUACCCCAAGCCAGCACAAGAUUGGACCAAUCCUUUUUGCACCAAAGUGCCAGACAACCUUUUGGGGGGGGUCUUUACAAGGUAGGGUGACCUCUCCUCCUCCAAAGGAGAGGCAUUAAAAUUCACUGUGCCCAGCACAUGGGUGGUGCACUCAUGAUUUCCACCAACUCUGAGGUAGAAAUGAUGCUUUUAUGUAAGUUGUAUGCAGUUUAAGAGUAAAAAUGAAGUUUUACAUGCCUA